GUCUCCUAUGUGAUUAGAGAUGAAGUGGAGAAGUAUAACCGAAAUGGGGUGAAUGCACUUCAGCUGGAUCCAGCAUUAAAUAGACUCUUCACAGCCGGCCGAGACUCUAUUAUAAGGAUAUGGAGUGUCAAUCAGCACAAGCAAGACCCUUAUAUAGCAUCUAUGGAGCAUCACACAGAUUGGGUAAAUGAUAUUGUGCUCUGCUGCAAUGGUAAAACAUUGAUAUCUGCUUCUUCAGAUACUACUGUUAAAGUGUGGAAUGCGCAUAAGGGAUUUUGCAUGUCUACACUAAGGACGCAUAAGGACUAUGUGAAAGCCUUAGCAUAUGCAAAAGAUAAAGAACUGGUAGCAUCUGCCGGGCUGGACAGACAGAUAUUCCUCUGGGAUGUAAAUACUCUAACAGCACUGACUGCCUCAAAUAACACCGUAACAA